AUGGGCGCCCUGCCACCCGAUAUUGAUGAUGCGGCCGGCGAGGAUGAGGAAAUGUUGCGCAUUGCCUUCCUUAUUGGGGAUAUUGUGCAUCAGUAUUAUGUGCCCAUACUCUGCUGUACCGGCAGCAUCGGCAACAUACUCUCGGUCUUUGUCUUCUUCAAGACAAAGCUGCGCAAGCUAUCCUCAAGUUUUUAUCUGGCCGCUCUGGCUGUUAGCGACACAUGCUUCCUCACCGGUCUCUUCGCCCAAUGGCUGAACUUCCUCAAUGUGAACAUCUAUAACAUGAACUACUUCUGUCAAUUCUUCACCUUCUCCAGCUAUUUGGCCAGCUUCUGUUCGGUGUGGUUUGUGGUUGCCUUCACAGUCGAACGAUUCAUAGCAGUUAUGUAUCCCCUGAAGCGGCAAACCAUGUGCACUGUGCGUCGAGCCAAAAUCGUGCUAUUUUGCCUGACUUUGGUCGGAUGUUUGCAUUGUCUGCCUUACAUGCUGAUAGCGGAACCUGUCUACAUGCCCAAACUGAAUGCAACUAUAUGCGAUAUGAAUGCCGAAUAUAAGGAACAACUGGCGCUAUUCAACUACUGGGACUCCAUUGUGGUCUACGCAGUGCCCUUCACCACAAUCGCAGUCCUCAACACUUGCACCGGAUGCACAGUUUGGAAAUUUGCAACCGUACGACGCACACUUACUAUGCACAAGAUGAAGCCGCAAACGACUUCCAUGCCCACAUGCUCGACGGCAGGUGGCGCUGCUGCUUCAUAUCGCGUUACAACAUCGUUGAAGCGUCAAAAGUCAACUGGCACACACCCCAGUGGACAGCAUAAUGUUGCUAAGCACGAGGACCAACAACAGCAGCAACAACAUCAUCAUCUACAGUUACAACAACAGCAGCAGCAGCAACAACAACAACAACAGCAUCAACACCAUUGCGAGAUUACACAGAAGCCAGGACGCCGCAAGGUACAAAACUCAUCUCAACUGAAGGUAACGAAAAUGUUGCUGAUUGUAUCGACGGUUUUUGUGCUCUUAAAUCUGCCGAGCUGUCUUUUACGCAUCGAAGCCUACUUGGAGACACAAUCGGCCAAAAAGCAGAACACAACAAUUGCCUUGCAAUAUAUUUUCAAUGCGUUCUUUAUAACAAAUUUUGGCAUAAAUUUCGUGCUUUAUUGCGUUAGCGGACAAAAUUUUCGCAAAGCCGUGUUGAGCAUCUUCCGGCGUGUUUCGUCGACGCAACGAGAAGGCGUCACUCAGGUGACAGUCUCCGAGUAUUGUCGCAAUACGGGAACCUCCACACGUCGUCGCAUGAUGACGCAACAUUGUUGGAACGAAAUGCACGAACUGCAUCCACUUAAGUGA